GCAUUAGUUUUAACUCUAUAUUUAAAGUAGAGUAAACUGUGGAGAAGAUUUAUUUUAUAUUUUUUUUUUAUUGUAUUCUAUAAUACUUUAUAAUCUAUAAUACUUAAUAUUUUUGAUUCUAUUUUAAAGAAAGUGCGUACACACUAAUAAAAGGGAAAUCAUCAACAAAAAUCAGCUUGCUACCUCUUCUUCUUCAUUCGCCAUUCACUUGAAAAGUCAAUAAGAAUAUCUCGAAUUUUUAAAAACAUAUAUUUUGCUUACAUAAAAAAACUUUUUAAUGCGACAAUGGAUAUGUUUCGCCUACGCUCACUUUGCCGAACUUGUGGGAAAAAAGUGAUAAAAUCCUUGCCAAUGAAUCUUGUAAAAAACUAUUCUCUUAUUAGUUUAGUGGAAAACAUUACAGAUAUGUUUCUGGAAUUUGAUGGUACAAUGCCGGAUCACAUUUGUCAUUGGUGCAAACUGCAACUAGACAUAAUAUUGGCAUUUCGGAGCCAGUGUUUAAAGGUCCAUAAAUCCUUUUUGGUCUUCAAGAGGCAACUUGUGCAAGGAAAGUCCGAGUUUGUUGAACAAUUUGAUGAGGAUGAAGAACUGAAGGAUGUUGACGAACAAGAGGAUAAUGUGAAGGAUCAGGAAAGACAUAAAAAAAAUGAAAAUAAAGAGGGUCUCUUGUUGGCAGUUCAAGAGAAUGUGGAUCAGGAAGAGCAAGCCCAAAAUCAGAUGGAUCAAUCGGAACAUCUCCAAAUGGAGGAGUAUCAGGAACUAGAAUAUGAAGAACAUUUCCAGGAAGGAAAGGCCCACGAGGACAACGAGGUAAAGCAGAGGAAGCGCAUUUCCAAGACCUGGAUCUGUGAUCAGUGCGGUGGUGUGUUUAAAUGCUCCACCUACCUUAAAUUGCACCAGCGGCGCCACACCGGCAACAAGCCCUUUGAGUGCGACAUCUGUCAAGCCAAGUAUUAUACGGAUAACGAGAUGCGCCGCCACAGGAUCCUGCACUCGGAUGUAAGGCCCUAUGCGUGUAGAUUCUGUAGCAAGACUUUCCGGGGAUGUAGUAGCAAAGUGGUCCACGAGCGGACUCACACAAAUGAGCGCCCCUUUCAAUGUAGACAUUGCGAAAAGUCAUUUACCUCCACCUCAACGCGUCAACGACAUGAACUCCUCCACUCCAAUCAACGGAAUUUCCACUGUGAUAUCUGCGACCAGUGGUUUCUGCGCUCUACGCACUUGACAUCACACCAAAAAACUAAGUUACAUUACCGAAGAGUGGAAAGAGCUUUAAAUUUAUAAAAGAAAAGAGUAAAUUUAUUUAUAAGUUUAAAAUAAAUAUAUAAAUAUCUUCUACUCUUUAUUGGUAAAUAGAUUAAAUGAUUUGUAUGUUAAAUUUAUGUUUAACACGAUAUAAAAAAAAAUUUUAUACUUUAUAAAAUAAGCAUAAAAUGUAUUAUUUAUAGUAUCGUAACUG